AUGAGUUACGAAUAUCCAGACGAUGGCCACAUUUACGUCUGUGUGCGUGUCCGCGACGUCGCGACGGUGCCUGGGAUGGCCCUCCCCAACAAUGGCGGCGUCAGCGCCACGCGCCGAUCGACGCGGGAGAACAUUAAGGACGCCCAGCGCAUCUGCGUCUCAACCAUUGAGAACGUUGUGGUGCUGCACGACCCCAAGUCGGUAGAAGACGCGUCGUGCGUGGCGCGCGACGCAGACGGCGUGGUGCAGCUUCUCACUGCCCGCUCCAGCGGCGGGAAGGAGAAACGCCUCGCUCGCAAGUUGCUGACCGCCACUGCGACGGCGAACUACUUCGAGUUUGACCGCUGUCUGAACUCCAUGGAAACGGGCUCAAUGAUGCAGAUGCCGAUGAUCCGCAACAGCGACUUCAUUCAGCCACCCGAGUACGGCACGCAGGAGGACGUGUACCUCUGCACCGCCGUGCACGCCGUGACGGCGGCGGUGGAGGGCAUUAACUCGUGCGUCUUCGCGUACGGGCAGACCGGCAGCGGCAAGACUUUCACGCUAUUCGGUGACACGGCGAGCAUCCGCCGCGACCCCGGCGUCGUGCCACGCACGCUGGAUGACUUGUUCCAGCGCCUGGAGUGUAUCAAGCGGGAGUACGAGAGUGAUACAGAGACGGAGUACUCGUGCCGCGUCCAGCUUUCCUUCUUUGAGAUAUACCAGAACGAGGUGUACUGCCUCUUCUCGCGCAAGGGGCCUCUACGCGUCAACUUCUCGCGCGACAUCGGGGGCAAGGAAGAGACGAUGGUGAUCCACGACCUGCAGCAGCAGGUGGUGUCGUGCGCGGAGAAGGCGUACCCGCUCGUUGAGAUGGGCCUCCGCCGCCGGCAGACGGGAGAGACGGGUAUGAAUGCGCGCAGCAGCCGCAGCCACGCCAUUUUGCAGGUCCGCCUCACGCAAUGGCGCACCAACCGCAUCACAAAGGAGUCUGUUGAGCUCAACGCGACGAUUAACCUUGUCGAUCUCGCUGGAAGCGAACGACAGAAGACUGCUAAGACAGACGGCAAGAGCCGGGAUGAGGGAAUUCAGAUUAAUCAGUCGCUCGCAACCCUCGCCCGCGUUAUUAACGAAAUCUCGCGUGGGGCCAAGUACGUUAACUACCGUGACUCGCUGCUAACCAUGGUGCUUAAGGACAACUUGGGCGGGAACAGCAAAACUUUCAUGGUUGCCACAAUCGCCCCCAUGACGUUCUGCUAUCAGGAAUCAUGCGCGACACUGCAGUACGCGAAGGAUGUGCGCAAAAUUCGAAAUCGUCCGAUGGUGAAUAAGACGUUCCAGACCCGCUCCAACCUGCUGGACCUGAACGCGCGGCUCAAGCAGGAGAAUGAAAUGCUGAAGGGACACAUUGAAAGCCUCCUCAAGAAUCUCAAUGGAGGUGCUGACAAUUCUGGCACCGAGGCGGUAGCAGGAGAAGGGGGAGGGGAAGAGGGCGGUGACCCGCCUCACCACGGGAAAGUAUCAAAGGCCCUGUGGGGUUCCAGCGCAGCGGCGCAUGUUGGUCCCGCUGCAGCGGAGACAGUUAUUGCUGCCUCGGGUGUUGGCGCUGUGCCGCUGGUCAUCACUGCGCACCGCAAAUACACCAGUCUGUAUGGCAUCGGUGGGUCGUGUGUGGAGGGCGGCAGGAUCGGCGUCACAUCGCUCACGAAAGGCAUUGUGAAGUUCCGCCUCGCUGACCUCCUGGACGACGCGCAGAAGAGCGAUCCACAAAUCCAAGGAGAUCGGCAAAAGCUGUCUGAGGAGAGGAGGGACUAUGGCGUCGUUGAGUUUGAGCGCGUGUCACAGCGUUCGUGUGAGCAACACUACUGGAUGCGCUACCUCCCCAACGAGGAGGCCGCCGCCACCGCGUUGGGCUGCCGGCUGGAGUGCCACGUCAACGGCGCCAGCCUGAGAGGCGGCAGCCGGCGGCAGAUGAUGCAUGGUGAUGUGGUGUGCAUCUACCUCGACAGUCUUGACGGCGCCACGGAGCAGAGCUUGCUGUCGUUCCACUACGUGGACCUCAACUGCCUCUCGCGCCGUGACACGACGACAGGUGACCUCAAGAUGACUGUUUCUCUCCCGCGCGCCUCGGCCGAGCGCGCCAGUGACGACGACCUUGAGCAGCUGCAACGCGACAAGGCGAAGCUGCUUGAGAUGGUGCAGACGCAGGCACGCACAAUUGAAUACCAGUGCCAGCGCGACGCCGAGUCGCGGUCGCGGAUGGCGUCAGUGACACACUACCGCGGCAGUGACAAGGAUGGCUCGCCGUCGCCCAACCCAGUGAUGCCGCUCGAACGCAUCAACAUGGACGUGCCCGCCACGACGCCGCUGCAGGCAAGUGCGGCAGCACGCGCAUUCUAUCGCACCUCCGUCUCACCUUCCAUCCAGUACGAGCUGAGCGCAAACCCACAGCGCUACGAGGACUGUGUGCGUGAGAACCAGACGCUGUACAAGGGCAUGGUGCAGCGUAAUGCCACACUCGAAGAACUUGCACGACGCCUCGCGGAGCUGGAGAGGAGUACAUCCCAGCAGCAGAACGCUCCUGCGUUGCCAGAAGGGCCGUCCACAUUCUUAAAGACGACAACGCGCGUAUCAAAGAAGGGUGUGUCGUCUGAGGUGAGCGAGAGUGAGGACGCAAGCAAGGCAGCGGCGAGCUCAGAAGGAUCUCCCACAGGUGUGAUGACCGAGACACACAACCCACCCAAUUUUGCUCCGAAUGACACCGAGGCCGACGAAACACAAAAAGCAACUGCUGCAGAAAACACGACAUCAAUUGAGGCUGCGAAAACUGUCUCAGAGGCAGAGCAGCCGCCUAAUGCAGAUGAAAUUUUGUUGAAGCAUCGCGCGGACCCCGACCUGGAGCAGUUUGGCCGGAUGAACGUGUUCCUGUCCACCUCUGACGGUGUGCGCGAGCGUUACUACGCGGCGAAGCGGGAGCACGUGCUGUGCGAGCGCAUUUGGUCUCUGGAGCAGGCGCUGGAGAACCUGCGUGGAGAGAUGCACCUCCUCGAGAGCAACCUUCGCAUCGCACAGGACGCGAACACCGAGCACGAAUUCCGCCAGGCGCAGAUGGAAGAUGAGAUGACGGAAGUGUCGAAGGCGCUGCUCGACGCGACGGAGGAGAACGGGACACUACUGCGCGACAUCAACGCACUCGAGACAUUCCUUGGCCGCACGGAGGAGGCGCUCGCGGAAGCCAGCGCCAUCAACGAGGUGGAGCUCGAGAAGCGCAUCGUCCACAUGGCAGAAGAGAUACGCGCACUAAAGACCGUCGCGCGUAUGUGGAAGCGGCGCGCGAUGCAGCGCAUUGCCCGCGAGUUCGGUGACAACCACAACAACAAGGAGGGCGACGAGGUAGUGAUCAAGAGCGGGCAGGUGCCAUGGGAAGACCUGCGCGUGGAGAGCAACGCGGCGCGGGCGAAGCAGCUGCUUGGCGACGCACGCUGCACCGCCACUGCAACCAACACGAUCGACCGCUUCGAGAAGGAGACUGCCGCCGAGGCGGUGGUGGCGCUUGAGACGGUGCUGGCGGAGCUCGAGAGUGAGAAUCUGCGGCUCAUUGACGAUAUCAAGGUAUAUGAGGAGCAGCUGCGCGAUUACAAGGAACUUGUGGCGCGCCUGCGGCGGGAGAAGGAACAGAUAGAGGAGGAAGGCUCCAAGAAGGGGGCGACGGAUGAUGAGAUGCAGAAGUUCAAGGAGCUCUACGUGCGGAAGUGCGAGGAGCUCGCGGCGGCGGAGCGGCAAUACGAGACUGCUGCCACGAAGCUAAAGUCGGCGGUGCAGAAGAACACCGCUGUGAAGAAAAAGUCGGCCACAAACAACGACUUGCUGCUACAGGAGCAGCGCCGCAUUAUUGAGGAGCAGCGUGGUGACAAUGAAAAGUUGGGCCUCGCGCUGGCAUCAAAGGACGAGGAGCUGCGUACAGUGCUGCGCUUCCUGCAGGCCCGCCCCGGAGAAGCGGAGCUGGGCGGUUUCAAAGACGACGUGGAGCUACGCAACCGCAUUGAGGAGCUUCUGGAAGCUGCUAUGGGUGACACCAGCAGUGUUGGCGCCGGCUACUCUGUCUUCCCUCCGGACUUCGUGUUCUCGGAGGAAGUCGUCGCGCUCAUCCGUGUGUGCCUGCGUAUCAUGAUGGACCGCCUCAAGAUCGAACUGUACGUGCUGAACCGCCAGAGCCUCCACAAACUUGGCCUGUUCGUUCCGGCAGUGCAGCUGCGUCCGGAGGCUCAGUUCCACUCCUUCAUGCACGAGCUGCGCGGCGUGGUGGCGGAGAUCGCCGGCAAACCGCAGCGCAUUGGCGGCAAGUGGACGGUGGAGGAAGGCGACGUGCUAUCGCGUCUUAUAGACCACCGCCGCCGCCGUGCCGGCAACGCGCUCAGCGGCCUGCUCAUCUGGUACGACCACUGGGACCUCUCGCCCAAGUCUGAACACGUCUGUUACAUGGAGCUCAUUCGCAACAUGGAGCGGGUGAUGCAGCUCGCGCGGCUGGUGCGGCAGGAGAGUCUUGUCAACACCAACGCCACCUCUACGCUGCGCCUCAUGAUGCCGGGCAAGAACGGUGCCCCAGACACCACCUACAUGCCCGCCAACAUCACUGACACAAGCAUCAACGAGAGCCGACGCAUACUUGAAAAGCUGACGGUGGGGGCAAGGCGCAGCAACUUGGCACGCGUGGUGACCAACAGCAAACCUGCAGCUUCCGCUGGGUUCCAGCGCAGCCGCACCGCUAUUAGUGCGCAUUCCACUCCGCGCAAAAGUGACAUCGCCGCGGUGAAUUUCGCCCGUACAGCCACCUUCACGCCAAAAAGUGCGAUGAAAACGCCACCGGCACAGCAGCAGCAACAGCAAGAACAGGGAUCGCACGGCACAGAUAGCAAGUUCGGGCGGCGCGCAACGGCGCUUGUGGUGCCAGUUACUGAAAAUGACAUUACGUUCGCCGCGAGUACUGCGCUGGCGCGGUACGACUCGACAUUCAACUUCGCUCGCCGCAUGAGUGCGGUGAAUCUCCCCGAGGCGGAGCCGCACAAGCAGCCGACCAAGACCACACGUUUCGNAUUCAACUUCGCUCGCCGCAUGAGUGCGGUGAAUCUCCCCGAGGCGGAGCCGCACAAGCAGCCGACCAAGACCACACGUUUCGCACGUGCCAAGACGGAUGUCCCACCGAGUUUUGCCGCAUUGGCGGAGCUGCGCAACGGCAAGCCGAGCGACACAUCGACAGGGCUCCACAGUGUCACGCCAAAAUCGGCGGCAUCGAGGAAUAACAGUGGCAGCAGAACACCCAUUGCGAGAAAAACAACGACAAGGGCAACACCGGGCGAAACCUUCCGGCGCACACGAACGGCGCAGUUCUCCCGUAUGAGCACCUCUGGUGUGCCGCAGCUAAGCAGUCGUGUCAGUGGUCGGCGACCGAUGGUAGCGACGACGACGGCGGGGGCGGCGCGUACAAGCACCAGCCACCGCCCGAAGUCGCCGAAGCCGGCGGUGCCGGUGGCGCCCAAGUCGUUCUACGACCCAAGCGUCCUCAAGACGCUGAAGCAGCGCAGCAGCAGCGAGAGCAACCAAAUGCCGGAACAGCAGGGGCUGCGGAAGCUGAGCAAAUCUAGGCCCGCAACGCCGACGAGGGUGCCGGCGGUGGUGCUACCGCGCCGGUCAUCGUCGUUGUCGUUGUCGUCGCGGCUGCACACAAAAUGUAGCAGCGGCCGCUCCACCACGUCGCACGCCGCCGCACUGCCACCGCCAGUGCCGGUGCCGCGACUGUGUUUCGACUCGCUCCCCUUGUGA